AUGAAGCGCCUACUUCUUGCUUCAUGCCUUUCCACUGCCAGUGCAGGAAUCCCUCGCUUGGAGAUCAUCAACGGAUGUCCGCAUGAGACAAUGUGGAUCGCACACCUGGCAAAUGUUGGCAUCGGGCCUGGCCCGAUUAACCAUGCCAUCCCGCCACUAGGGAACAUGAUCUUCGACGAGACCGAGACAGAUCAACUUGCUGGAGCACGCUACUGGCCAAAGAUGGGAUGCAACAAAGAUGGGAAUAAUUGCCUUCUGGGUGGCUCCGGUGGUCCGGGGCAACACUGUAACGAACUCAAGAGCGAUUACUCGCUGUGCCAGCCGCCAAUCGACACAAAAUUCGAGGCCACUUGGGGCAAGAAGGGUCAGCCCUGCAAUCCUGCUGAUCCUGGACAGAUGGCUGGCUGUGACUUCAUUGACAUGAGCCUGGUCGACGGCUUCACGCUGCCUUUCAAGCUUGAGAUUGUCUCAGGACAGUGUACUGGACAGGCGCCUCAGCCCGUCACAAGCUUGGAUUGCAGCGGCCUCUCCGUGGACAAGUGCCCAGUGGAUGAUGACAUAGGGAAGGGACCGACAAAUAUGCAGGCAAUCAAUCCCAAGAUCAACAAGCCAAUUGGCUGCUAUGCUCCAUGCUUAAAGCUCAUCGACACGAAGUGGAACAAUGUGCAGGCAAACGGGAAGAGCCGAAAUGACCCAGAUGUGACAAAGUAUUGCUGUACCACACCGCCCGAAAACUCGGGAACCUGCAAUGCAGGGCCAUUGCCUCAUACCAAGUACGUGCAGGCGGUGCACCAGUUCUGCCCUGGCGUAUAUGCCUUUGCCUAUGAUGACGGACAGGGGCUGUUGCGCUGCUCCUAUGGUCAGUACAGACUCACUUUUAUGUGCCCUGGAAUUCCACUCUCGGAGCAGAAGUUUGAGGAAAUCAAAGAUGCAGUAAAGGACUCGGAGCUCAUCUUUUCCGUCGGCGGUGCGUUGACAUUUGUCCUCUUCGCAGCGGCCCUCGGCGUUGGCCUCGCUCUGGUCGCGGUGCAAAGCUCCCGCUUCCGUCGCCUUGCCACGCAGAACCGAUUGCGAAGCUCUUUUGAAGAUCUUCCUCCUGAAGAGUGA